AUGCUAGCCGUUGUAUUCGACUGGCUCGACAAGGAAACAUGGCAAGCACCCUUCGGCGGUAAACCCAUCUCCGCUAUCUAUCUCAUGGAGCCGCUGGUUGCAGAGCCCUGGAAGCCUAUGAUCGAGUUUAUCGACUAUACGCGCAACGUGCAUGGCGUUACUCGCUUUGUCCUAGUAGCAGGUACCUCUACCGACUUAUCACGGCCCGCCUGUGGUGAUGGGAAGAUCCCCUUCGUGAGCGCUAUUGAUAUUGCGGCCGUCGUGUUCCGAGCUCUCACAGAUCCUAAAUCGCAUAACUGCGACUACCGUAUAUUAGGACCAGAGCUCCUUACCUACGAUGAGGUGGCUGAGAAGCUGUCAGCUCACCUAGGCCGACGUAUCGAGCAUGUCAAGCUAUCGGGAGAUGAGCGUUAUAAGGGUUUGACGGACGCGAGUGUCUCGAACUACCUUGCUCGGUUCAAUUAA